AUGAUACAAGUGAAGAAGGUCGCAGUUCUGUGCGAGACCACACCAGUCUGGUCCUGUGUCGCGUCAUUUGAGUUCAAAACCAACAUCCUUGUCCUCACGAACCCUUGCCCAUACCGUUUAUAUUAUGCCACGCCGCUGCCCAAUCCAGUGGGUGGCCCAUACAUUCGUAUUCUGCACGAUCUGGCCUGCGCGGAAAUAUGGGGAUACUUGUCGCGAUCGAAGGGCCAGCCACUUCGCUGCGCGUACAAAUCCUUUGAGCUCAGCGAUAGUAAGAUGAGAACAUGUUUCCAGUGUGACUGUCCAUGGUACGACCACGGCUGCGAUGCGGAUGCGCGAAUCAAGGACAACUUGCUUCGCCUUACUGGGAUGAUGUUCUUUCUGACUGGUAUCGGGUGCGCCCAGGCCGUUCCAAGUGAAGCAAAUGCUUCACCCGAAGGACAGAGAUCCCGGAAAGGUGAUGACGAGCCUACAGCCCGGAAUCUGGGACAGCUGGUGGUUUCUGCCUACGCACUUCGUGCCACGUUCCUCCGCUUAACCGGCUUCCCGCAGCGUUCGCUACAUAUAUGCUGGCAGUUUGCAUGUGGGAUUGGGCAUCGAAUCCGAAUGGUGGGCGGUAUCGAGACAAUUUGGCGCUCUCCAGCCAGCCGGCUAUCCUGGACUCUAAACCGAGCCCCAGCUAGCCGCCCGAGCCCCAGCAUAACCCGAGAUUACGAGAUCGCCUGCCCCGCCAACCGGGCAACCACCACCAUACUGUUGCCAGCAGCCAUGAAGCCAAACACAAUUCAAGUGCGUGUGCUCUAUCUACUCAGGUCCAAGCGGGUUACGACCUGCCGCCUUAUAACCACGCGAGGCUAUAUAUGCUGGCUCAUACUGGUCUCUUAUGAACUGAUGGUGCUGUUGCUGACACGUUAUACGAUAACUGCUGGCGGUGGUGUUGUUGCCAAGCAGCCUCUCGUCGUUCCUGUUGUCUGGCCUGCUGUUCUUCUGACUGUAGACGAUGGUUCUCACGUGCUCGGAGGUCCUCAAUCUCUCGGCGAAGUAGAUCCAGCUCAGAAGGUGUCUCAGAAGGUGGCUCCGGAGCGGCGGCUGGAAGUGAUAAUGAAGGCUCAACUCAUGGCAAGCAGAGCUACACGUGCGGCAUUGGCUCUUUACGCACUUACAGUGCUCAGCAACCGUAGUACGAAUUACUGUAACCUCAUUCAAGUCGUCCAAUUCUCGAGCCCUCCGCUAAUCACUUCCGGUUCUCGUAGAGUAAAGGUUCUACGGAAGUCGAUCAACCACGCGGCUUCUACCUGUUUCGAGAAGCUUCAUAAUGUCGUGUUUGCAAGGAUAACCAUGCACAGGAGCACGAGUACGCCGAUUGUGGUCCGCAGGAGGUCGAUAGCGCGUUCUCAGCAAGGCGGACACGACGGCGAUCAUGCCCUUCGCUCCACUAAUAUCGUGGCGGCUGCUAUGGUUAAGCCAUUGUUUGAUACGGCCGUGGCACUUCGUUGGUCCAGCAGCCUUGAAUAUAGGAUAGACGUUGUCCAGUUUCCGAGCGUUCUCGUUAAACUCGGCUUCAGUUUAACUAUGAACAGUGUGAUCCAAGAGCCAUCGGUGCCCUUCACCUGA